AUGGACGCAAAGUUUGAUAUGGACGUCAACGAGACGAAGACGGGCGAGCCCCUAAGAGCCAUCGAUUCCACGGCCGAUAACGUCAACGCUAUCUCCGAUGAAGACCGCCUGGCGCAGCUCGGUCAUGCACAGGAACUCAAGAGGCAGUUCUCGCUGCCGACCCUUGGGGCGCUCUGCCUCUGCUUGAUGGCAACAUGGGAAGCACUCUCAACUGUCGUCGCUCAAGCACUCUUGAGUGGAGGUGCACCUUGCCUCUUCUACAACUAUGUCCUAUCCUUCGUCUGUUCUGUGUGCAUUGCAGCCUCGUUGGGUGAGAUCGCAUCCAUCUACCCGACUGCAGGCGGACAAUACCAUUGGGUUGCCGCUCUAUGUCCCCCAAAGACUCGGUCACUUGCAGCGUUCACCACUGGCUGGAUCUCUGUCGGUGGCCUCACAGUCUUUUGCGCAUCAGCUGCAUUUGCCGCAGGGUUACAAACACAAGCUUUGAUCAUAUUGAACGAUGAUUCAUAUGUACCUCAACGCUGGCAGGGAAUGCUUUUUUACUGGGCAGUUCUUCUCUAUUCUUCUGCACUCAACAUCUGGGGUUCAAGGAUGUUGCCCCACGCGAACAUGAUCUCCGGGGUUAUUCACGUUGUGGCAUUCGUUGCAAUUCUCAUUGUUCUCGGAGUCAUGGCUCCGAAAAAUACUCCAUCAUUUGUCUUCACUGAGUUCGUCAACAGCAGUGGAUGGACUAAUGAUGGGGUAUCAUGGCUUGUAGGGCUCAUCAGCGCAGUAUAUCCCUUCCUUGGAUAUGAUGCAGCCUGUCACAUGGCAGAAGAAAUCCCUAACGCCACUCGGAACGUCCCAAUCGCCAUGGUAGGCAGCGUUGUCGCCAACGGCCUCAUGGGUCUCGUAUAUGUCGUUGUUCUCCUCUUUUCCACAGGAUCCCUCGAAACGCUUUUGGCUACCCCGACGGGGUUUCCCUUCAUGCAGAUAUAUCUUGACGCCACGAAGUCAAGGGCCGGAGCCACUGUUAUGUCCCUUACCUUGAUCACGGUAGCCAUUGCAGCAACAGUAGGCUGCAUCACGUCUGCUUCUCGCACUCUGUGGGCUUUCGCGCGCGAUAAAGCAGUGCCCUUCGAUGCCUACUUCAGCCAUGUCCACAAGGACCUUCAAGUCCCAGUAAGGGCGAUAGCUGUGGUUACGAUCAUGCAGCUCCUGCUUGGAUUCCUCUAUCUUGGGAACACCACAGCCUUCAAUGCUGUCCUUUCCAUGGCGAUUAUUGGUAUAUAUCUUUCCUACAGUAUCCCAAUUGCGUAUAUGCUUCUUGUUGGACGGAAUAGAUUGACCCCCAAGGAAUAUGGGCCUUUCAGACUUGGGGGACUUCUGGGUCCUGUGCUGAACGUCGUAAGCCUGGUGUGGAUGACGGUCGUCAUUAUCUUCAGCACUUUCCCAUCUGCGCAACCUGUAACGGCCCAGAAUAUGAAUUAUUCUACAGUGGUUAUGGCUGGUUGGCUUGUGUCUGGACUCUGUUACUAUUUCGCUCGCGGCCACGCAAAGUUUGAGGUUCCUGUUGUCAUCUCCGAAGUUGUCGAGGGAGUUAGGGAUACUUGA